AAACUUACCCCUCUUCUCUUCUUUUCUUUGGCUUCUCUCGAGAGGAAAUCGUCGUGCCUUGAAAUUCCCAACCAAUCCACCUCGCUUACUACAAAACCUCUUCCUUUCUUUUUCAACCUCACCCUGCACGAGUCCGUUUUUAUUUCAUUUUUUCCGUUCGGUAGAUAAAUACAUCAACUGUACACAAUGGGCUUUCCUGAGGCUCGUUUAUCCGACCUGAACGGCAGGCUCGAGGCAAGAAGUUACAUCGUCGGCUACGCUCCAUCCCAAGCCGAUGUUAUCACCUACAAGGCACUCUCUGGAGCACCCGACGCCGACAAGUUCCCCCACGCCGCGAGAUGGUACAAACAUAUCGACUCCUACCAGAACGACUUCUCCAGCCUCCCUGGUGAUGCCUCUGCUGAUGUCUCUUCGUACAUCCCUGAAUCUACCACUUCUGCCGCUCCUGAUGCUGAGGAGGAAGAUGAUGAGGUUGACUUGUUUGGGUCUUCAGAUGAGGAGGUUGAUGAGGAAAAGGAGGCCCUUACCAAGAAGAGGUUGGAGGAGUAUGCCGCCAAAAAGGCUGGCAAGACUAAGCCUGCGGCCAAGUCUGUUGUCACUAUGGAGGUAAAGCCGUGGGAUGAUACUACCGAUAUGAUCCAGUUGGAGAAGAACGUUAGAGCGAUUGAGAAGGAUGGGCUUGUCUGGGGAGCUUCCACCUUAGUCCCUGUCGGUUUCGGCAUCAAGAAGUUGCAGAUUAACUUGGUUGUCGAGGAUGAGAAGGUCUCUCUUGACGAUCUGCAACAGGAGAUCGAGGGUGAUGAGGACCACGUCCAGAGCACUGAUAUCGCUGCUAUGCAGAAAUUAUGAAGUGCCGGUCGGUGUUCGUCACGGAAGCCGUCUAGACCAUGCCAUAUUUCAGGCGGAGCCUAGAUAGAUGAUCAAAAAAAUUAAAAUUCGCGCGAGCGACCGAACGGGCGAAUUGGGGUUUGAAAGUCUGAAUGCUUGUGACACCGAGAUGAUAUCUAUUGCAAA